CCCGGGGAGGCUGUGAUGGGUUGACAGGUGCGUGACAGUCGGAGCUCUCUGCAGGCAUGUACGGCAAAGGCAAGAGCAACAGCAGCGUCCCGUCCGACAGCCAGGCCAGGGAGAAGUUAGCGCUGUACGUAUAUGAAUAUCUGCUCCAUGUAGGAGCACAGAAAUCCGCCCAGACAUUUUUAUCAGAGAUACGAUGGGAAAAAAAUAUCACAUUGGGGGAACCCCCUGGGUUCUUGCACUCUUGGUGGUGCGUAUUUUGGGAUCUAUACUGUGCAGCUCCAGAAAGACGAGAGACAUGUGAACAUUCAAGUGAAGCUAAAGCCUUUCAUGAUUAUAGUGCUGCAGCAGCUCCCAGUCCAGUGCUAGGAAACAUUCCCCCAGGAGAUGGCAUGCCAGUAGGUCCUGUACCACCGGGUUUUUUUCAGCCUUUUAUGUCCCCUCGAUACCCUGGAGGUCCAAGGCCGCCUUUAAGAAUACCCAAUCAGGCACUUGGUGGUGUCCCAGGAAGUCAGCCAUUAUUGCCUAGUGGGAUGGACCCAACACGGCAACAAGGACAUCCAAACAUGGCUGGGCCAAUGCAGAGAAUGACCCCUCCAAGAGGAAUGGUUCCCUUAGGACCACAGAACUAUGGAGGUGCAAUGAGACCCCCACUGAAUGCUUUAGGUGGCCCUGGGAUGCCUGGAAUGAACAUGGGUCCAGGAGGUGGUAGACCUUGGCCAAACCCAACAAAUGCCAAUUCUAUACCAUAUUCUUCAGCAUCUCCUGGGAAUUACGUAGGUCCUCCAGGGGGUGGAGGGCCUCCAGGAACACCCAUCAUGCCUAGUCCAGCAGAUUCAACCAACUCUGGAGACAACAUGUACACAUUAAUGAAUGCAGUACCACCUGGACCUAACAGACCUAACUUUCCUUUGGGCCCAGGGUCAGAUGGCCCUAUGAGUGGUUUGGGUGGAAUGGAUUCACAUCAUAUGAAUGGCUCUUUAGGCUCAGGAGACAUGGACAGUAUUUCCAAAAACUCUCCCAGUAAUAUGAGCAUGAGUAAUCAGCCUGGCACUCCCCGGGAUGACGGUGAAAUGGGUGGAAACUUUCUAAACCCUUUUCAGAGUGAGAGUUACUCCCCUAGCAUGACAAUGAGUGUGUGAUCCAUUACCAAGUCUCCUCAUGAAGACCGCAGUGAGUUGGCCCUCUUCAGAGAGCUACUACAGAAGAAAAUUACUCGUCCCAGUGUACAGUUUAACAAAAGGAUCUCAGACACAAUCAGACCCACCAUUUUUCCUACCAUCUCCCCAGUUUUGUCAAGAAAGUGGGUCCAAAAAUGAUUCCAACAACUGUAAAGAGUGGCAUAAGAGAACUGCCCAAGACUGAACUGCAAACAAUUUUCUGUGUAUGUACAUGUACGGGUAGAUGUAUAUAUGUGUGCCUGUGUGCUUGUGUGUGCACUAUAUAGACAUACACACACACACAUACAUAUAUAGACCCGCAGGACAUUGUAAAAUAUUAUCACAUGACAUCUUAAGUAGAAAUAAGAAGUAGGGACUUUUAUUCCAUCUUUUUUUCACGUUUACAUUUUAACUAUUAAAAUUUGCUUUCCCUCUCCCCUUCUGAACUGUUUUGUGCUGCAUAUAUCACUGCUUUAUAAGUUAUUUUUUAAGGUGAACUCAAAUGAUAAAUUGUCUGAUUUUGUAAAUGUCUGCCAUUAUGGAUAGGAAUAAAAUUGCUUAUAAGAGGGCUUUCAUUAACUUGUGUUUGAUACCAGUUAUCCUGUGAAUCACAUUCUGUGCUGUCUCAAGAAAUAGAAGAAAGCUCAUUUUAAUUUUUUGGAGAAAUUUAAUAAUUUUUCAUCAAGCCUUGGUGACAUUUUUUAUACUUUGCCUUUAAAAAAAGAAGCACUGAUGGUUAUUUUCUUCCUUAAUUGAAGCCUAAUUAUCUGCAAUAUCUAUUUUAAAUGGAAGCCUGAAUUUGAUACAAGCUUCUUGGUUUAUACAGAGUACUUUAAGGUUGCUGUAAGUGAGUUCCAGUUGCUAUAGAAUCUAGCAAUAAAGUGUCAGGGCUGCUCUGCCCUUGGAAAUGAGUUUUCUACUUAGCAUGAUCUUCCGUAGGGGUGGUAGUUAGUAGAAAUACAGUAGAAUUCUUACUACUGAAACCUCCUUUUCUAACAAACUGCUGGUGUCCCUCCCUUUUCUACUGAUUCUUAGCUGAUCCCCAAUUAGCCAUAGUCCUGAUUGUCUUAACAUACUUCGUGUCUCCCAAGCCAUUCAGAUAAUCAGGACUCCACCGUACAUGAAUGUGUUACUUUUCACUAGAAAUACUGGAACAGAACUUCUCAAAAUCUUUCUGUAUGUGUAAUCAUAUAGGUAAACCAAAAUGCCUGAGCAUUUCAUGGUUAUGACCCAUGCUGAGAGCAUUGGAAGGCUCAAGCUUUUCUGCCAGAUAUAAGAUGUCAACAGAGGUCUGAACCCAUUCUGUAAGGAGUUCAGUAUACUGUAUUUCAAAGCUGUGGAGAUAGUGGAAAAAAGGAGAAUGGUGAUACGGCUUCCUUAACA